AUGUCUUCACUCCUACCGUUUAUUGGGUGGGCUGUUCUUCCCAACUAUGCGACGAGUUUCCUCCAGAGUAUCUAUUAUGGCAUUACCAUUCGAGCCGGUGAUCCCAGACCUAUGCCACAAACCCUUCGUUACGAACGAGAUCGCCGCCGUAUCUUCAUCUUUGUGAUUGUCGCAUACCUCCUCUACACCCUCUACGAAACCUUCCAUCAAGUUCAAUUAGCGGGAGACUUUUACAAGGCACUAGGCGUAUCGCCCUUUGCAGAUGAACGAACAAUCAAGUCUCGGUUUCGUCGACUUGCUGCCCAGCACCACCCGGAUAAGAUUGGACUCGAGGGUGGCUCUGAGGCGUACUUCAUGUAUCUGCGUCGAGCUCAAGAAACACUGGUCGAUCCGGUGAAACGCUUUGCGUACGAUCGUUUUGGCCCUGACAUGCAGAAUUGGGGGAGCAGAGGACUGCGCUACGCUGUCGGUUUCGUGACGAUGAUGGUGCUGAAUUGGCUGUGGUGGGCGAAUUGGGGACGAUACUGGCGCUUUUAUACCUUCGCUGCAUUGCUCACUCUCGAGCUCACCUUGAUCACCCACCCACAAGCCGUCUUCAUGCCGACUGCAUACCUUCCUACUUUUGUGUCCGCUUGGCUACCGAAGAACUCCUUCUACCUACUCCCUUUUCAGAUCUUGACUCUCGCUCGCCGCGCAUCGAUUACCCUGCACAUAUUCAUUUCACAGGCGGCUCCUCCUCAGAGUGGUAGUCUAAGCAUCGGUGGAGAUAAGAUUCCUCAAGCCACCCUUCAAAGACUCAGUCAGCUCGCCGCUGCGACUCGGGCGACCGACGUUGAGGCGACACGGAUGCUUCAGCUUGGCUUGGCGCCGUUCCGAGGCGAUCGCGAGAGCGUCUCCGCUCUGCGGCGAGGGAUGCAAGAAGGCCUGAUUCAGGAGGGGUGCGGCUCAGUCCAGAGGUGCAGCGAGCUGUUGCGCAGGUCGCUGAACGGCGUGAAAGAGAGAAAGAGAUGCCGAGCGACUAAAAGUAUUGCAUCCUUGGUUCCGUAA